CUGCCACAAUGCGGUGGCGAUUUCGCCGCCUAUCCACCGCCGCCGCGGCUCCUGCGCUUCCUCCGCAGUACCUCCAGCAGCUCAACCCUCAGCUCUGGGACCGGGCGACGCACCAGCGAAACCACGUCCGGGUCGACGCUGCGACGGGGUCCAAGCUGGUGUCCCAGCCUCGCCUCCCGCCGCCCGACGAGGCCGCCUUUCCGGCCGGAUACCUCGAUGCGGUGCGGCAGCCGCACGCUGUCGUCGCCACGCCGCCGCCGUCGCAGGGCGUCUUUCGCCCUCCGCCGCUCGCGCUGUGGACAGGCGACAGCUUUUCGCCGCCCACCAUCCGCUUCGAGGAGCUGAUGUGUGAGAAGGGCGGCGGCGAGGCUGCAGAGUGGCUGCUCAGCCAGCUCUACUCGGCCGGCCUCUGCCUCGUCACGCAGACGCCGCCCACCGAGAAGGGCAUGCGAGACCUCUCUCGCACCGUCACUGGCGGCUACCCCACCCCGCCCGCCGAGGCGGUGCGGCACGGCCACCCGACCCAGUCCAACGGCUCCGACUCGGGCCCGUACCGCACGCUCUACGGUGCCGUCUGGUCCACCUCUGUCGGCGGGCAGCCGUCUGGCACCAGCACAGCCGACUCGGCCUACUCGUCCGUCAGCCUCCCCCUCCACACCGACAUGACUUACCACGCGACGCCGCCCGGCCUCCAGCUCUUCAACAUGGCGAGUCCCGCGCCCGACGGCUCCGGCGCCCUCCGCCCCGAGAUGCGGCACACGAGGCUUGCCUGUGGCGCCUCCACCUAUCUCGACGGCUUUGCCGCCGCGCACCGGCUGCGAGACGCGGACCCAGCCGCCUUCGCCACGCUGCGCCGCGUCGUGUUUGGCUACCGAUCCGCGACUGGCUGGCACCUCGAGGCUGCCGGGCCAGUCCUGUCGGUCGACCCGUUCGACGAGAAGACGCUCACGGGCAUACGGCACAACGACCUCGACCGCCUGCCGCCGCGGCCGCCGGCGAGCGUGCGCGACGUCGACGGCUGGCGCGCCGCCGGGUCGCAGGCCGCUGGAGCGUACGCCGAGGUGGAGCGCGCUCUGGCGGCGUGGGACGCGGUGCUCGAGGAGCCGGGGCGGCGGCUGACUCUGUCCCUCCGCGAGGGCGACUGCACGGUGGUGCACAACCACCGCGUGAUGCACGGCAGGGAGAGCUUCAGCCUGCAGGGCGAGGGCGAGGCGCGCAGCAUCAUCGGCUGCUACACCGGCGUGGACGAGUUGCGCAGCCGGUGGAGGGCUGAAACCAUGCUCGUCCGUGUCAAGCCUCUCAAGUUCUAG